GCUUGAGAUUUGUUUGAUUUCAUUCAAAUCUUUCAAGACAAUUUCGAAUAGACAAGCUAUCAAGCAUUGCUUGUUGGCUAGCAUGUUGUACUUGUGUUGGAGUAUGCUAGCUAGCUAACUUAGCCAGCUAGUUACGUGUCGCUUUUAACUUAGCAAAUAUAUCGAGUAAGCGACUUGUUGGUUCAUUUAAAAUUGUCUUGACUAAAACAUGAUUUGUUAGCUCCCGAGAUCUAUGUUGCUAACGAAUAGUUAUUUUAGUUAGCUAACCUAAUGUUAGCGAUUUCCCUGGAUAGUUUAUGUUAGUUAGCUGGCUAACGUUAGGUACCUUGGAUAAGUUAUUUUUCUUGAUUUUGACCACAGUAAAAUUGAACAGAUAGUUAUGUUUCUGUCACCGUCUAAAUGUAAUAUUUACCGGGCCCAUGACCCGAGUUACUAUCAACACGUGUCCCGACACACAACUCCAAUGAAUGUGUACACUCAUGGGAAAGACUCGGCCAAACUGAAAGGCAUUUAUCGUGAUGGCGACAGACAGCCUUCGAUGGGAACGUUACACGGAAGAGAAGUGCUCAGCUCCACAGCUCGCGAUGACUCAAGUCCAGACCUCUCUUGUGCGCUCAGCUGUAUCACCGAGAACGGGAGAGCAUUACGUGGGGAAACCUCUAUCCAUCCAGCAGUAACUGCUAUGAGAGAAACCGGGUUCAGUCGUAGGGAAACACCGGUAAAGAUCUUUGCAAGAAUGAAAGCCAAACUGUCAAAUCAAAACACCCCUUUAAAGAGUACACGUGCACAUGAAGACUUGACGCCAGCACACAGACUUUUACGGGCUCAAACAGACUUCGAAAAGAUGGAUAUCGAGCAAUACCCACCCUCCGUGGAUGACACGGAUGCAUUCACCCUCUCCCCACCCGAUUCUCCAGGAGGAUCUACAACAUCUGAGAUGGAUAGCGGGGAGCCAGAAGCGGGGUUCCAUGGGGGUCAUAACAAUGUCAAAGUUAUUGAGCGAUCAACUCCAGCAAAAGGUUCGGACCCUGUCAGGGCUUCAACCGAACCAGUAGUUCCCAGUGCCGAUGAGCGUCAAAGAAAUGGGACUCCGGGUAGCAUUCGGCGUGGAUGCCGCGUUGUGUUGGAAAGGAUGCCAGUCAUGCAGUCACCUGCAAAAAUAUUUGCCAUGAUGAAAAAAGAAGAGAGACGACCUCUGAAACUUAAUCUUUUGAACCAAAUGUCAGAAAACAAAGAAAAUGUCAAGGCAAUGGAGCCCUUCAUGGAUAUACCUGUGGCGGAAACACAUCAUAUCCAUAAUGAAGUGGGUGCGGCCUGCAGUGACAAGUCAGUGUGUGGCAGCCAAUCAGAGAGCAUCAGCCCCAUUGCUUUGCAGAAAUCAUCCAAUGCAAAUCGUGCUUUUUUCUCCCCACGAGCUUGCGUCUCAGCUCAGAAUGUGGAUGACUCCAUGCUGCUGGGCUCUCCACGUCUCGCUAUCCCUCAAAAGCAGAGGGCGGACUCCAAUAACCAUGACCCAAGGAUGAUUGAGGGAAUUCAGCUGAAGGACUGGGUCUUGAAGCUGAGUGACCGUAGACUUUACGUUGAUGGAAAGCGAGUUGACACCAAAAUACCCUGGCACAGCAACAGUAUAGCUGAACGCAUUGCAAGCAAUAUCCUGAAAACAGUCUCAGGAAGCACUUAUAUCCUGAUUGGCAAAAUGUCAAAUAAAUAUCCAUCUGAAUUACCCCAGUGGUUUCUGAAGAAGUUUGUUGGUGGUUUCGCACCGAUGUGGAAAGAGUACCUUCAAACGUAUUUAACAGAAUGUAAAGGCUUAAAUCUGGGGACUCAAGAGACAUUUGUGCCUUCAAAGCGAAAGAAGCUGCCUCUGAAAGAGACAAAACCAGAGAAACCGUUAACCCCUAAGUGUUUAUACGCAACCCCACCACAAGGUCCACAAGGGGACAGCCUGAAGUUGUCCCGCAGCGGCCGUCUCAUUAAACCCCCUCUAGACUACUGGAGGGGGGGCCGGAUUGUGGUGGACAAGGACCUGAAUGUCACUGUUCUUGAGGACUAUACCAUAGUGCAGACGCCAACAAGAAGAGUGGCACAAGAAAAGCCUCAGCAUAUGCAGGGAACAAAAAAAUCCACAGCUACCCAAAAAGAAACGUGUCGGAGCGUGUCCAGCCAAGACGAGGCAGAGGUGGGCCUAAUCAGGAAAGCCAAGCCUCAUCAGCGGCGAAUGGGGCACCCUGCAAGGGACAAGGCUCUGUCCCAAACCCAGGAGAAUUCCCCCUUUGCAGUACCCCAAACACAGGAGCGCCACCUCCAGGAGAGUGAGCAGAGGGUACUCAGGAGAAGCAGCAGAAGGUCUGCCAGUGUCUCGCCUCCAGCCGACCAAGAUCAGACGAACACACACAACCCAGUUUUUCAGGACAAAGGUGAGGGUCCGGUGAAAGCCCACCGAGGAAGAACACAGAAACAGGAAUCGGCACCCUGGUCAGACCCGGAUCAGAGUCUGCCCCGAAGUUCCCACCUCAGAUCCAAGAGGAUUCCCUCUGACGGGGAACAGCAAGUGAUGGGGCCGCCGAAGUCGAGACCAAAGAGAAGAAGUCGCAAAAAAAAAGUCCUGUACGUGGAUGACAACGCUUCAGAUGUCUCUAGUGAGGACUUCAUGUCUGAUAGGGACAGCGCCUUGCUGAAGAGGAAACCUAAAGGCAAGAAGGGAACUGGAAAAGAGACGAGAGAAGAAGUUUACAACGGCAACUGGACGGAUCAAGAGCUGCAAAAACUUCACGAGGCCAUCAAUUAUUUUCCCAAGCACACUCCUACGUUCUGGGUGAAUGUUGCCAUGGAGGUAGGAUCUCGUUCUCCAGAGGAGUGCCAAGAACAGUACUCUGCCAAGCAACAGAAUGCUCUCACCCGACCCAGGGCCAGACAGAAGAAGCCUCAGACCAAUGAGGGAGCAGUGAAAGUUUCCGUGCCCCAGAUCUCGGCCAAAGCUGGCACGCUGAGGAGGAAAAAGGAGAUUCGCAAUGUCUUGGACCACCUACCCAAGGACGACCUUGAUGACGUUUUCACCAGCUCGCCUAUGCAAAAGAGAGUCAAGAAGUUGCCCACGUUUUCGGAUUGCGGAGGUGGUCCCAUGGGUCAGCUGGCGAACCCUCAGACUCCUAGCUCGAGCUCGAGCAUGUUUGUGGGGGUGAAGACCCCAAAGUGUCUGCACAUCAGUCCUGGCAUGUUCCCCUCCAUCAACAGGAACAACAAUGACAAGUAUGUCUUCCACUUCCAAAAUGAAAUGAAAACAGGACGGGGGAGAGGCACCAAGGCUUCUACAAAGUCAGACAAGAAAAACUACACCCCUUCUCCUGUGAAACGGACCGAGAAGAAGCGUGUUGCGGAAGACGAUUCCUUUGUUGUGUGGCAAAUGUUCUCUCAGAAAGAGGCUCCAUCUGUACCCAAUGAAGAAAGUGAUGAGGACUACUAUUUUUCCGAUGCCUGAAACACCAGAUUAUAGAUACUUUUUAAAUAUAGCAUAGAUGUAUAUAUGGUUAUGAAUAUUUUUUCUUUUUUUUUUUCUUUUACAUUUUGUGUUGAUAAUUGACUUCUCUGCAAUUAAUGAUCAGUCUUUUAAGCAGCUUGUGUGCUCCCCCCCCCCCCUUGAUUGGAAGUUUUUAUUGUUAAUAAAGUGCCAUUCUUUUUUUUUUUUAAAUAUACAAGACGACUUUAAAAGUGUGAUGGCCGUUUGACAUCCAGAAGCAUAUUUGCAUUACACAUUUGCCCAGUUGUUUUUCGUAGAGAUAUACUGCAACAUUAUUUGGGGGUAUGGUGAAGACUACAAAUGACUGAUAUACAACAAUUGGCCACUUAGAAAAACUCUAAAAUGGCAUGGCAAAUUCAGCUUUUGGGGAACAUGAAACAGUUGGGUUUGAUAACAGACCCUGAAAAUGAAGUGCUUUUAAGACUUGCAUCAUAAGUUUUGAGCUGCUAUAGAGUCAAUCUUACGUCACGGUAUUAGCAGCUGAUCUGGAAACCUAAUGGUCAAGUUUAAAGCUCAAAUAUUGAAUCUGGCUAGGGAACGGAAGACCACCCACCCAAAGACAUUUUUUAGCAGUCCACUAUUUGACAGGCCAACAGGAUUUUAACUGACCCUUCCCAUGUACUGAACUCUGAGUAUGUGCUAAUGAACUCUGGAGGGAGGUACAGAGUAUAAACAUGAGUUUGUCUCUUGUCAGUUAAACAUAUUAAUGGGCCACCUCCAAGGAACAGACAGAACAGCAGAGGCUCCAAGAUAACUGCAGGUUCUACCAACUGCUUGAGCGUGAAAAUGAAAGUUGUGUUCCUGUAAUUGAUGUUAGGAUAAUGUUUGCAAAUGUGUGCCUAUUUAAUGUGUUAUUAUUGUGACGUCUUGUACUGUGCGUUUGAUGCAGCAGUUAUCUAAGACCAUUUUCUCCCAUGGGACAUAAUAAUAUAACCUUAACCUUCACUUAAGCAGAGUGCCGUGUCGACAAUUAUGCGAAAUUAUUUUAUUGCGAAAAAAGGCAUCCUUCCGUCAGUGACAGAAAAGA